GUAAAAUGUAAACAACUACUACAGUCGUCGGUUGGCAACGAUUGAGUGUGUGUAUAACAGGUCAAUCUUCAAAAUUUUACACGGCGUGGUCAAUUCUCGGCAAAAUUGAGUUUGCUGCUCAUGCGAUUGCGAUGAAUAGUUGUUGAAUUAACUAAGUUUGUGUAUAGUACCUAUAAGAUGGAGCGAAAAACAGCAAGAGGCGUGAAACCCAAAAACGUACCUGUCGGCAAUUUAAUUACUUUGGGUAACAAGUCGGCAGUAAGAAGUGAAGCUGAGAAAAUCGUACCCUACCCGAUUGGCAAACCUGGAGGAAGUGUGACCGACAGAGGGCGUGAUGUGGCAGGUCCAUCUUCCCUGCACAGCAAGAAGCCCAUCAAGCCUGGUGGCUACAUCAUAGGCCUGCCAGGCCGAUCCAAUGUCCUGACCAAACCCACCCCAGGCGAGCCAGUGAACGUCCUGAGCGAGGAGUGGGAGAACAUUGCUGAGGAGGUGGACGGCAGCGAGCUCAGCCUCUUCGUUGACGCUGCAGAGACUGAUGAAGACUUUGAGCGCACAGAAGCCCUACUUUGUGGUGCCAUCAAGAUGCUGAAGGCUUCCAGGGCCAAGCCUGACGUGCCCCACUGCUUCCACUUGAUGGUGCUGGCCAAACUCAAGCCUUCGAUGUUCUCGAGGAGCAUGCUUGUGACGGAUGCUCUGUGCUCGCUACUCAGGAGGGAUCACGCCAUGUCUUUCAAGACCAAAAGCAACCCUAGCGUGGCCGUGAUGGCCGCCAGCAUCCUGCUCAUAGCCCAUCAAGAAGAACGUUGCUGGCCCGAACAGUUCAUCAGGGCCUUCAUUGAUGACUCCCUUGGAGAACGCGUGUGGGUCGACAUGGCUGAAUGCAAGGGCUUCGUGGACAAUAUAAUCACGGCCUUCAAGACAAAAAUGCCGCCUAAGAAUUUCAUGUUUCCCGACAUGGCCCUCGGGAACCGUCCCGACUGCCCUUCGCCACCAAUCUCCACCUGUUCUGGUGGAGGGGAGUCGGGAGAUGGUGAUUCCGAGAUGUCUCUGGAAUGCAAGGAGAGUCUGGACGUAGCCGUAUCCAGCCGCUAUUUUACCAUGAUUCAUCGUGUUGAAGAACUCGUUAUGGAGACUGUGCAUAACCAGUUCUCCCUACGUCACCAAAACGUGGAUUCCGUGGCUCGGAAUUUCAUCAGGUUUCUCUCGUCUGUCACUGGCAUCAUGGAAGUUCGUAAAAUAGUUUCUACUAAACUCGAGAGUUGGUUACAGAGUCCUAAACUGCAGCGCCCUGCAACUGAGCUUCUCAUGUCCUUGUGCAUGAACUGCAACACCCACUUGCCUGCUGAUGUUGAGACCAUCGGCCACAUAAUCCGCUUCAGGAUAAAGCACAAGCCGCUGCUAAACCAGUACAUGUCGUGUCUCAAAGAGCUCCUCGCUGCCCAUCCUGAUAAUAUCCAAACCGCAAUCAAGAACACCAUCUACAACGAGCUCUCGAACGCCAGGAACCCGAGCAACAUGCCCAUAUUGUCCGUUAUAUUCCAGUUCGCCCCUGAGCAUUCCGCCAUCACGCUAGCCGAGGAGUUUCAAGAACUCUUCUGCAACAAGGAAGAUUUUCACCGCGCCUUGCGCAUGCUCUUUAGAGAGAUCGUCAGGGGCCUGCGGUAUGACAUGCUAUUUCAGAAGUUCUGUCAGGGUCUUAUGAGUGAACCUAAAGAUCCUUUGGUGAUCCGCGAGAACCCUGAGAUCUGCGAGCGCAUGUUCUUUGGCGUGACCGACAUCAUAGUCAUGGUGAUGUUUGUGGCGAUCUCCCCGGCCGUUCGUGAGAGCGCCAUGCUGCUGUUCCGGGGGGAGCACCGCGACUUGGAGUGCGUGAGGCGAUAUCAGGAGAUGGUGUCGAGCAUCCAGCAGGACGCCAUGUCAUGGAUGCUUAAAACCGUGCCUAAACUAUUCAGUCCCAGCAAGGACGACUACAUGAGAGCCUUGCACAAGCUGCUCAUGAUGGACCCUCCCGACACCUACGCCAUCAAGGACAAUUACCCCGCCGAAAACGACCGACUUCUCUUCGUGAAGCUCGCUUCAGAAGUGCCGCUGAAGCAGGAGACGCUCAUGCGGCUGCUCAUGAUCGCCGUCACCAAAGAUCAGUGGGUCAAGCCCCAGGAUCUGAUCGAACUUGUGGACAAGCUGAUCAAACGCGCCACGUCAUUGCCCAUGGAGGACGUCGAGGUGCUUCACAUUGACGAUCCUAAAAUCAUCGACCUCAUCUUCAACCUGAGCCUCUACAUCCCUCCCGAGAGCGCUUACUUCCCCCACGGGUACCGGCCCCCUAAGAUGGCCGUCACGACUUCCUACUGGAAGGCGUGGACGAUGUUGCUGCUGGUUACAGCCCAUAACCCUGGCGUGUUUGGGCAAUUGGCCUGGGAGUCGUACCCAACCCUGCGGAUGAUGAUGGAGAUGUGCAUAACGAACUCGUUCGUGUUCCCAUUGCCGACUCUCUUGGCGGCAGGGGAAAAGGCCGAAGACGUAAUCAACCAUGAGCAUCUGCUGGUCGCCAAAGACAAGGAAGUUAUCUUGCAGCUGGAAGAAUACCUCGCCCAAAAAACCAUUAAUGAACAAAACAGCCUCCUGGUCUCCCAGACCAUGUCCAUGGACUACCACGGCGUGGCGCGCAAGCCACCCCCCGCCGUCAUGGACCAACUCAAGGCCUUGAACGCCUCCCACCGCAUCGGCCACUUGCUGUGUCGCAGCCGGAACCCUGACUUCCUGCUGGACAUCAUCACCCGCCAAGGGACGUCACAAAGCAUGCCGUGGCUGGCUGAGCUCGUGCAGAGCCACGAGAACGCCUUCUCCAUGCUGCCGGUGCAGUGCCUCUGUCUCACUCCUGCUGGAGGUGUGGAGCAGGAGGCGGACCUCAGCGACCACACGUGGCUCCUCAAGCACCUCAAGAGCCUGCCUGCCUUCCCGCAGCUAAAAGAAGAGGGAAACAAUGAACGGUNCGCUGCCACGAACGCGGCUCUGCGGGCGGCCAUGCAGGUCGAGACUGAGCCCAGCGCCGUCAGCGCCUACCUCAGGUUCCUGGCGACACACACGCGCGGCGACAGCGUCCAGGACCAGAGUGGGCUGGUGUCGGACCUCGCCCAGGUGAUCGUGGAGCGAUGCACGAUCUGCAGCGCCAUCCUGCCGCUGCCCGACCGGCCGAGCGCGUUCGCCCACGCCCCCAGCUCCCUGAACGCCUUCUUUGUCAUCUUCGUCAAUUACAUGCGGGCCGUCAAGCUGCCCUGCACCCGCGAGACUUUCUCUUGGGCUGACAACCAGGACCAGGUGCGCGUGCAAUGGGCCAACGGAGAACAGGCAAUCCUCCACAUCCUUGUCAUCCACGCUAUCGUCAUCCUCCUGACAUAUGGACCGAGCUCUUGCUCUGAGGGCCUCUUCCACGAGCUCAUGGCCAUCUGGUUCCCCGAGCAAAUGCCACAGGCGUUCCUAGUGGACACGUCAGAGGAGGCUCUUCUCUUCCCCGACUGGCUGAAGCUCAGAAUGAUCAGGUCGUCUGUACCGCGGCUGGUGGACGCCGCUGUCAAGGACCUGGAGCCCAGCCAGCUGGUGCUCUUCAUCCAGUCCUUCGGCAUCCCAGUGGCUAGUAUGUCGCGGCUGCUGGCCUCGCUGGACGAAGCCGUGGUCUCGAAUCUACCAGCGCUGCAGGACGCAGUCUUGGACAAAAGCCAUAAAGCCUACAUGGCCCAGUUACUGGAGGUGCAGCAUAGCCGGGGCGCGGUGGGGGGCACCGCUUUCGCUGAGGUGUUGGGGGGCGCCAAGCCCGAGGACCCCCCACAGCGGAGGUCAUCUCGCCCCCGCACCUCCCCCCUUCUCACCCCUCUCAAC